AUGCCUUGCAUACAUGCACUUGCUGCCAUUAGGAAGAGACGGGACCAGCCACAAGACUACGUCCACCCUUGGCUGUGUAUGGAGUCAAUCAGGAGGACUUAUGCACACUGCAUUCAACCAGUGCCAAGUUCAGAGUUCUGGGCCAGAACUGAAUUCACACAGCCAGACCCACCAAUCAUCAAAAGAGGGAUUGGGCGACCAAAGGUGCAUAAUCAGCAGAAAGACCCUGCAGAGCCAAUGAUGCAAGGGGGUAAGCUGAAGAAGUCGUUCUCUGUGUCUUGCAGCAAGUGUGGUGAGAAGGGCCAUAAUUACAAAACUUGCAAAGGAGCACCAUCAAACCCAAAUUGGAAACCUAAAACCAAAAAGCCUAAGAAGAAGAAAGAGAGCACAUCCCAAGCCCUUGUAUGUCUCCCGUUGUCACAGUCUGCUCCACCACCAGAGGAUCCUUCACACAGCCAACCACCCAGCUCAACACCACAGCAGCAACAACCUACUGUUCCGAGCGGAGCUGGACCAUCUGCGACGAAUGUUGCCCCUGCACCAACAAGAGUUACAAGAUCAACAAUUGUAUUAGGACCACCUGCCCCAAUGGGAUCCAGUGCCAGGCCAUCCACCCCAAAUUUAAACCAGCCCUUCAUGCCCCCAGGAAAUGCACCAAGAAUGGUCACCAGCACAGGUCGCCCUAAACAACCAAAGUUCAGACCAAAACAGAAGAUUUUCAGGCCACCUGCUCCACUUGCUUCAGCAGCACCACCUACUAGCACACAACACCAAGAAACAGUUCACCAAGCCCCAUCUAGCACGCAGGCAACUGCACAGCAUCAGCAGGCCCCACCCCCACAAGUAGAUAAACCAACUGUCUCAGCGUCGAAGGAGUCCAACGAAUGA